AUGCUUAACAACAGAAAGUUGCAAGAAAGAGAACCUGCUCCAUCGACAGACGAUCUUGCCUUCGAACAUGCUGUCCGCAAAGGAUCACUGUUAUUGAAGCAGAUGCAUGGAACAGACAGUGUUGCAGGUGCACUACUAGAAACCCCUUCCGACACUGUUCAAUCCACCUUUGUCAACUAUAGUGACCUCAAAACAUGGGGCUAUAAUUAUGGGGACUUCAUGGAAUGUUUUGACUUUGAGAAAUCGGUCCCUAUCAAAAGGGCGCUUGAAGGCAUCAAUGUAUCAGACAAAAAGGCGUCAGAAGGCGGAAACAACUACGCGUCCGUCUGGGAACACGAAUUCAACUACGAUAUUGAUGGCAAAACAUACCCUAUAACGGGAGGCCGUUUUGAUAUGAUAUUGAAUCCCAUGGAUGGUGUAAUUGUAGCCUGGGGAUCAUUCAGUCCUGCGCACCGCGGAGCGAAGCAAAAUCCACCCGUCACUAUUCUGCCAGCUCUCAAGUUGUGGUCCGAUAUCGUCUUCCUAGAAUGGCAGAAUUUCAAGAAGCCCCGGAAUCUCAGAUACGUCUUCCGUUAUAGUAUCAAGAACAAAAACGCUUGCUCGAUCAUCUCCCGUGCCCUUGAAAGCGCCAAUCAAGUCUUGCAAAAGUGGCCAGGAGUUACAUUCGAUAUGAGUACACGGGAAGGGAGAGCCAUUUUGGGCUCACCAAAUGGCGCGGGUGUAGCCUUCCUUCUCUCUCAGCAUAAGGAACAGCUUGGCAACAAGACCAUAACCAAGGUUGUUGUGUUCCAAGACGAAGGCGACGCUAAAUCAAGGCCUCCAAGUCUGCUUUUCUAUGUUGAUGACACUGAGGCUAUCGAUGACCUUGACAAAGUAGAAAGGAAGAUUGGAAAUGCUAAUGAUGCCGGUCAUUGA